UAUGCGGUCAGGCCCCACCCUCCCUUCAGAGCUGGCCGUGCUGGGCCCUGCGGAGGGGAUGGGGUGUCCUCAGCCCUCAGGACUCACAGAAACCCUCCUUAUCCAGCCGUGGGCCGAAGAUAUCAUCAGGCAAAAAGAUGAUGACUCCACGCCCUCCCCUGUCCCGGUCGUGGAAGCAGGACCACGAGCAGACUCUGGCGUCGGCCUAUGUACCAGUGGUGAUGGCCCCCAGGGGACAGAACCUGGACAAGCUCAGGUUUAACUUCUACACCUCCCAAUACUCCAACUCCCUGAACCCCUUCUACACCUUGCAGAAGCCCACCUGUGGCUACCUGUACCGCCGGGACACCGACCAUACCCGCAAGCGCUUUGACGUGCCUCCUGCCAACCUGAUCUUGUGGCGUACCUAGGCCUGUGCCAGCCAGAAGCCCCCACCUCACACCCAUGAUCCCGGGUCACGGAGGGGAAGGGCCGCUCACUCCAGGAGGAGUGGACC